AUGACGGUUUAUGUUUUACAGAGGUUCGAUGCACAGGCUUACUACAAUGGGAAACUAUUGCUCGCACUUUUCGGUCGGGAGGUCAUUGUUGAUGGUGCUCGGGAGAAGGAGCAUUGGUAUAGAAUCGGGGGAAAAAAUUAUAAAUUUGGCAAAGUCGAGUUUUGCCAAAUUACCGGCUUGAAGUUCGGUGGGUCAUCGUUCAUCCCCGACGAGCACGAGUCUAUACCACCACCGGAAAAUGGGGUAUAUCGCCAUCAUUAUUACGGCAAGAGUGUAGUCGAUGCUCACUUGCUUAAUGACUUCAAGAACGGAAGUUUCGCGGAGUACCCCGACGACGCACUGAAGGUUGCACACAUACUAGUAGUUCACUAUUUUUUCUUUGCACCCGACCCCAGCUCCACUGUGCCACUAUGGCUUUGGAGCUUAGUGGACGAGCCUGAGAUGUUCAGGAUGUUUCCUUGGGGGGCGUAUGUUUUCCAACGAUUACACCAUUACCUUGAUGAUGUCAUAUGCGCGCCUGAGGAUGGGUCGGAUGUGCAGUUCAACAUCCACGCGUAUUUGAUGCCUCUUCAGAAACAAGCAACAGAAGAAGAGAAAGGCUGGAUCCAUUAUGGGAAAGUCUUUGAAGAAGUCUCGUGA